AUGAAGUUCCUCGCCGGUUCCCUCCUGGCUUUGGCCACCGUUGUUAGCGGCACUGCCGUCAACCUCAACAAGCGUGACACUCCCCUGGAUGUCAAGCUUGAGAUGGUCGGCAACUCUGAGGUUAAGGCCACUCUCACCAACAACGGUGAUGCUGCCCUCAAGCUUUUCAAGGUUGGCAGCAUCCUUGACAAGACCGCUGUUGAGAAGGCUGAGGUCAACUCUCCUGAGUCCCGUGUGGCUUUCGAGGGCAUCCGUCUCCGCAUGGCCACCGAGAACCUGGAUGAGGACGCCUUCCAGAGCCUUGCCGCCGGCGAGAGCGUCGAGGUCCAGUUCGACAUCGCCGAGGCCCACGACCUCUCCCAGGGUGGUGCCUUCGACAUCCUCUCCGAGGGUGCCAUCUCCUAUGCUGAGGAGGGCUCCACCGCCAUCGCCGGUGCCGUCCCCUACACCAGCAACAAGAUCUCCGCCACUGUCGACGGCACCGAGGCCAAGAAGGUCCGCGAGGAGUUCGUCAAGCGCACCGUCAAGCGCACGGCCGUCAACGCCGACUGCACCGGCACCCGCCGCACCGCCACCGUCAACGCCGUGAGCAACUGCCGCAGCCUUGCUCUGGCUGCUUCGUCCGCCGCCGCCUCCGGCUCGGCCUCCAAGUUCCAGGAGUACUUCAAGACCACCUCUACCUCGACCCGCAGCCAGGUCGCCGCCGUCUUCGGCCGUGUCGCCUCCGAGUGCGGCAGCACCACCUCCGGUGUCUCCGACUACUACUGCACUGACGUCUACGGCAACGGCUGCCAGAGCGGCGUUCUGGCCUACACCCUGCCCUCCGCCAGCUACAUGGUCAACUGCCCCCUGUACUUCUCCGGCCUGUCCGCCACCAGCCGCACCUGCCACGCCCAGGACCAGCAGACCACCACCCUGCACGAGAUGACCCACUUGAGCGAGAUCGCCGGCACCACCGACCAGAACGGUGCCUACGGCUACAACGCUGUUCGCUCCCUGACUGCCGCCCAGAACCUCAGGCACGCUGAUACUUACACCCUCUACGCUCAGGCUAUCUACGCUGGCUGCUAA